UGCAACUGGCCGCUCUGACUACCCUAAGUUAUUGGAAAAUCAAACAUCUCCAGCCCUUUAGGCCUCCUCCCGGGUUUUUAGAGCCAUAGCCGGUGUCAAUAAUGUCGAGCAAAUUUCGCCAUGGAACCGAGGCGGUGGAUGGCAUAGCAUCUCUAGUUGAUACGGAUCUUUACAAACUUACAAUGCAAUCCGCCGUCUUAAAGUUCUAUCCUAACGUCGAUGUAACAUACGCCUACACAAAUCGGACAUCUGACCUAAAAAUGUCGCGCGAAGGCUUCGAAUGGAUUAAGGCUCAAGUCGCGAAAUUGGGACGGCUUCGUCUUUCGCAGGCGGAGCUUGAGUUCCUGCAAAGCGCCUGUCCUUAUCUCCCGAAAACCUACCUUGCCUACCUCGAGAAGUUCACCUUCAAACCAGAUGAUCAACUUGCACUCGCCUUUACGCCUGACACAGGCGCUGACACUGGUGCGAAGGGUGACGUGAGGAUAGACAUCAAAGGCAAAUGGGUGGAAACGAUGCUCUACGAGAUUCCAUUACUGGUUCUAGUUAGCGAGGCGUACUUUAAGUUCUCCAACACGGAUUGGAACUACGAAGGCCAGGAGGAGAAGGCGUUUGCAAAGGGCAUGCAGCUCCUGGAGAAUGGAUGUUUGCUAUCGGAGUUUGGGACGAGGCGGCGAAGGAGUUAUCAUACCCAAGAACUUGUAUUGAAUGGAUUGGUUCGUGCGAUGGCGCAUUAUGAGAAAAGUGGGGGAAGGAAGGGCAAAUUAUCGGGAACCAGCAAUGUACAUUUUGCUCAUAGGAUGGGACUCAAUCCUAUCGGAACUGUUGCGCACGAAUGGUUUAUGGGCAUUGCCGCAAUUACAGGCGAUUAUACCCGUGCCAAUGAGAUCGGCCUCCGGCAAUGGAUCGAUUGCUUUGGUGAAGGAGUUCUCUCAAUUGCGCUUACGGACACUUUUGGUACCCCACACUUCCUGAGAAACUUUGCCUUGAAAUAUCCUCCAUCCGGCAGGUCCUACGCUGAGGUAUUCGCAGGAGUCCGUCAGGACUCUGGUGACCCAGAGGAAUUUGUCAAGCGUAUGCGCAAGUUCUAUGAUGAGCAAGGGAUUAAGUCGAAGAAAGUGGUUGUGUUCUCAGACAGUCUGGACGUUGACCUCUGCCUAAAGUAUAAGGAGUUCGCUGAGAGGGAAGGUUUUAUGCCUAGCUUUGGCGUUGGAACUUUUCUGACAAACGACUUUGUGCACUUGAGUAAUCCGAGCCGGAGGUCCUGGCCCUUAAACAUCGUCAUUAAAAUCAAUUCUGCGAAUGGUAAACCCGCAGUGAAGAUCAGCGAUAAUAUCUCGAAGAAUACUGGCGACCAGGCGACUGUUGAGAAAGUCAAACAAGAGUUGGGAUAUGUCGAGAAGGAGUGGGAAGAUGGUAACGAGCAGAACCGCUGGAGAACUAGGAUCUAAUGAGGGUUGAGUUUCUAUCUGAGACGAUUAGAUCCGAUGGAUUCCCUGGGUGUUCAGUUUCAUUUUGUUUGCCGCUCUUCCUAGAGUCAUGCAAUCGGUCUUCAUAACAUAGAUACGGGCAGAUUUUCCUGGAAA